CUGAUAUUUGGGUCAUCGCAACAAUGCCGGAGCCAGCAAAAGCUGCACCUAAAAAAGGAUCAAAGAAAGCUGUCACCAAGACGGCUGGAAAAGGAGGCAAGAAACGUAGAAAGUCCAGGAAGGAAAGCUACGCCAUUUAUGUGUACAAGGUGUUGAAGCAGGUUCAUCCAGAUACUGGCAUCUCUUCCAAAGCAAUGGGUAUAAUGAAUUCUUUUGUGAAUGACAUUUUUGAGCGCAUUGCGAGCGAGUCGUCUCGGUUGGCGCACUACAACAAACGGUCAACAAUUACAUCACGGGAGAUCCAGACGGCUGUUCGCUUGCUAUUGCCCGGAGAACUUGCCAAACAUGCCGUGUCUGAAGGGACCAAAGCAGUGACAAAGUACACAAGUUCUAAAUGAGAACUCGCU